AUGAUCAACACACCAGAGCCCGUGGCCAUUGUGGGCAUCGGCUGCCGCUUCCCUGGCGGCGCCAACACUCCGGCAAAACUAUGGGAACUCCUCGAACAGAGGCGUGAUAUCUUGAAGCCCAUUCCAUCUGACCGCUUGAAUGCAAAGGGGUUCUUUGAUGCCGACGGAGAACGGCAGGGAUGUAUGAAUGUGCAACAUGCAUACACACUGGACGAAGACAUUCGUCAAUUCGACGCCUCGUUCUUCAAGACAAACGCGCUCGAGGCCGAGGCCAUGGAUCCACAACAACGCAUUCUCCUCGAAGUUGUGUAUGAGGCCCUCGAGUCGGCAGGCUGUGCCAUGGAGCGCAUGCAAGGCUCUGACACUUCGGUCUAUGUAGGCAGCAUGACCGGAGACUACCAUGAAAUGCUGCUCCGCGAUCCGGAAGAUAUGCCAAAAUAUAUGGCGACAGGAACUGCCAGAAGUAUCCUAUCAAACCGCAUCUCGUACUUUUACGACUGGAAGGGUCCAUCGAUGACUAUCGACACGGCUUGCUCAUCUAGUCUGGUGGCCCUGCACGAGGCUGUGCAAUCACUCCGACAGGGUGUAUCACAGGUCGCGUGUGCGGCAGGUGCCAACCUGAUUUUGGGCCCUGAGAUGAUGAUCUCUGAGUCAAAACUGCAUAUGCUUUCUCCCACUGGGCGCAGCCGCAUGUGGGAUGCCGCAGCUGAUGGCUACGCUCGGGGAGAAGGAUUCAGCGCCGUUAUCCUGAAGACUCUGUCUCGAGCCAUUGCCGACGGCGACUUUAUUCAUUGCAUUGUCCGAGAGACAGGCGUGAAUUCCGAUGGCCGGACCAACGGAAUUACCUUACCCAGCUCUGUGUCACAGACGGCCUUGAUCCGUCAAACCUAUGCACGUGCCGGUAUUGACUUAGAAAAGGAACCUUGUCAAUACUUUGAAGCACACGGUACUGGCACGCCAGCUGGAGACCCCAUUGAGGCCCGAGCCAUCUGCGAGGCAUUCUUUCCACCAUCGCAGGGCCAGGUGGCAUCCACCCAGCCCAUGUUUGUGGGCUCGGUGAAAACAGGCAUUGGCCAUCUGGAAGGCUGUGCAGGACUAGCAGGCCUAGUCAAGGCAUCCGAGGCGGUGCGACGUGGUGUGAUCCCUCCUAACAUGCUCUUUGAGACCCUCAAUCCAGACGUACUUCCAUGGGUGAACCGAUUGCAAGUGCCCACUGUCGCCUUGCCGUGGCCCACAGUAGCCGACGGAUCUCCCCGGCGGGCAAGCGUCAAUUCUUUUGGUUUCGGUGGCACUAAUGCCCACGCUAUUAUCGAGAGUUUUGAAAACAAGCAUCUCGGGCUCUCUCAGACCUGUGAAAAAGUCAUCCCCAUUCCCUUGGUGUUCUCUGCCAACUCGGAGAUCUCCCUCCGUUCCCAGAUUGAAAGCUAUUACCAUCUCCUCGAAUCACCCGACAGGGCAUCGCCGGUAGAUAUCUCGUUGACUCUGCAGUCAAAACGCUCCCAGCAUGCCGUUCGAGUGGCUUUCUCUGGGCAUGACCGCGCAUCACUUCUUCAAAGCAUCCAAGGCUCCCUCACAAAAGAGGACUCCAUGGGUGUGCGAAUCGACCAGAAGGUGGAUCGUCCACGAAUUCUCGGAAUCUUCACUGGACAGGGUGCGCAGUGGCCCACAAUGGGGCGAGAACUACUGCGAACCUCUUCGGUAGCACAGGAUAUUGUGCAACGGCUACAGGGUUCGUUGGAAAAAUUACCCGAUCCUCCCUCCUGGACGCUGGCCGAUCAAAUUCAGGCCGAUCACGCCUCGUCACGACUGGCCGAAGCUAGUGUCGCUCAACCAUUAUGCACUGCAGUCCAAAUCAUUCUUGUCGAUCUGCUUAAAAUAGCUGGCGUCACAUUUAAUGUUGUAAUUGGUCAUUCGUCUGGGGAGAUUGGUGCUGCCUAUGCCGCAGGAAUGAUUACAGCAGAGGAUGCUAUCCGUAUCGCCUAUUAUCGCGGAGUGCACGCGAAACUGGCUAGAGGCGCCGAUGGCGAGAAAGGGGCAAUGAUGGCAGCCGGUAUGAGCUAUGAAGAUGCAUGCGACUUUUGUGAACAGUACUUCCCUGGUCGUCUGGAUGUGGCAGCCUCGAACGCUCCCGGAAGCGUCACGCUCUCUGGAAAUGAGGACGCUGUUUAUGAAGCGAAAGCUCUUCUGGAUGACCAGGGCAAAUUUGCUCGGAAAUUGCUCGUCGACACAGCGUAUCACUCGCCGCACAUGGAGCAAUGCUCAAUCCCCUACUCCACGUCUCUGGCUGCCUGCGGAAUCCGCCCUCAGCCAGCGCGCGACGAUUGUACCUGGGUAUCGAGUGUACAUGGGUACCGCAUGCAGGGCGAGGAACACGUCGAGUCACUGACAGGUGAGUACUGGAACGAUAAUAUGGUCAACCCUGUCUUGUUCUCCAUCGCUGUGGAGGUGGCCGUGACAGGAGAACUGCCCUGUGAUAUCGCCCUUGAGCUGGGUCCCCAUCCCGCCCUCAAGUCGCCCUUCAAUCAGACGUUUAAACAGGCGACUACUGGUUCUAUCGCUUACAGUGGCACUCUGUCGCGGGAUCGCCAUGAUGUUAGCGCCUUGAGUGACACUCUUGGCUUCCUAUGGACGAGACUAGGCUCGUCCUCCGUGGACUUUGAACGGUUUGCUGCCGCCUUUUCCAUCGCUCCUCAAUGGAUCCCAGGCCUACCCGCCUACUCAUGGGAUCACCGGCAGUCGUACUGGAGGGAAUCCAACAAAUCUGCCAACUAUCGCCGGCGGGCUCAGCCACGGCAUCCUUUACUCGGAUCCCGUUCCACCGAAGACAUCGACCAGAACCUCCGCUGGAUGCAGACUCUGCGCCUCGGAGAGUUGCCCUGGCUGAAUGGACAUAAAGUCGAGGGCCAGGUAAUCUACCCAGCGGCGGCUUAUCUGGUAAUGGCCAUAGAGUCGUGCAACGACGUGGCAAAGGACCGCGGCAUCCAGCUUCUGGAGCUAUACGAUGUAGAUAUUGCCAACGCUAUCUCCCUAUCCGAGGAUGCUCCAGGUGUUGACGUUCUCUUUUCCUUGAGCCCGAGGGAUGCAGGUUCUCAAUCCGACAUGAUCACCGCCGAGUGGGCCUGUUAUUCACGAAUGGGCGAGGGCAAGGGAUCAUGGAGACUUAAUGCUCGCGGUCAUGUCCGAAUGGUGUUUGGCGAUGUCAAUUCCGAAAUUCUCCCUCCUAGGGCGGCUUUGGAGGGAGCUUUUGUCGACGUCGACGUCGAUCGAUUUUAUGGAGCCCUAACUGAGAUUGGACUAAACUAUACAGGGGCAUUCCGCAGUCUCAACUCCAUCUGCCGCCGAUCGGGUGUGUCUAGUGCGACCCUACAUCAGAUCCCAUCACCUCCGCUGGCUGGCUCCAUUCACCCAGCCAUCCUAGAUGCCGCAUUCCAAUCCAUAUUUGCCGCAUUCUGUUGGCCUGGGGAUGGCAGUCUGCGAGCCCCUUUCGUUCCUACAAAGCUCACCAGCUUGCGCAUUGUCAACGGGGCCUUAGUGCAGGCCGCAGACCAGGUGCAAGUGGUCGCAUCAAUUGCAGAAGCCUCCGGACAAGCGAUCUCUGCCGAUCUAGAUCUCUAUGCCUUGAGGGAAGGAAAUAAAGCCCUCGUGCAGAUCCAAGGUCUGCGCUGCUCAUGCCUCACGCCUCCCGGUCCCAACGACUACAAGGAGCUCUACUCACAAAAUGUAUGGGAGCUGGACAUUGGAAGUGGAAUUUCCUCUUUAGCCGCCGUCGAAAACGAUGCUCCCGAAGACCUGCAGCUCAUUAAUCUUUGUGAACGACUAUCUUAUUAUUAUCUACGGCUGUUGAAUGCAGAGGUUGACCGAAGUGAAGUGCCGGGCAUGGAGUGGAAUUUCCAAUGCAUCUUCGAGUGGAUUGAUUACCUCUUCCCGUGGAUUGAAUCAGGAACGCACCCAACUAUCCGAAAGGAAUGGGCCACUGAUGAUCCAUCAUGGCUCCUUGACCAGGUCACUCGAUUCCCAGACUCGGUCGACCUGCAGCUAAUUACAGCCGUGGGAACACACCUCCCCCAGGUCGUCCGCCGCGAGACAACCAUGUUAGAGCACAUGGUUCGUGAUGACGUUCUGAAUCGCUUCUACAAAUUUGGCCUCGGCUUCCAGCGAGCCAACGGAUUCAUGGGCCAAGUUCUCAAGCAAAUUGCACACAGGUACCCUCGAUCAAAGAUCCUUGAGAUUGGCGCUGGCACUGGUGGCGCUACCAAGGGAAUUCUUGAGUCGCUGGGGGAGACUUUUGAAAGCUACACGUACACCGAUAUCUCCACAGGAUUUUUCGAAGCAGCCGCAACUCGUUUCGAGCCUUGGGCGCACAAGAUCAAAUUCCGCCCCCUGAAUGUAGAAUUAGAUCUUUCCGAGCAAGCGUAUGGAGACCAAACCUUCGACGUCAUCGUGGCCUCCAACGUCCUCCAUGCGACCAAGAACCUGUCUGCCACCAUGCAGAACGUACGUCGGCUGCUCAAACCAGGUGGUUUCCUGGUCUUGCUGGAGGUUACAAGUGAAAUUGUCCGAGUGAAAUUGAUGAUGUCUGGGUUACCGGGUUGGUGGCUCGGAGGUGAUGACGGCCGUCGUAUGGGACCAACCAUCACUAGAGACCAGUGGGACUCCCUCCUGAAAGAAACUGGCUUCUCGGGCGUCGAUAAUGUUACCCACGACUUUAUCGAUACAUCAAAGCAUAUGACGUCGGUUAUGGUCUCUCAAGCGGUGGAUGAGAAUGUCAUGCUGCUUCGGCAACCACUGCAUCAGAAUUCCCAGUGGUCAUUGCCUUCCACCACCAUCAUUGGCGGAUGCACCUCCAACAUUGCUGUCCAAGCACAGCACAUGCUCACUCCUCUGCUCAGUCACCAAGCUCAAAUUUACCAAAUUGACAGUUUGGCGGAUCUAUUGGGCCAUCCUGCCGCUCUACAAGCUCCCGUGCUUGUAAUCCUGGAGGACUUGGAUGAUAGCAUUCUCAGGGACUUUUCCCAGCACAAACUCAAAGCACUCCAGCUAUCUCUUCCGCAAUGUCGACGUCUUCUGUGGGUUUCUCGUCAAUGUCAAUCUGGCGACCCGUACGGAAACAUGUCCAUCGGAUUAUGUCGCGCUCUUGCCGCUGAGCAUCCCCAUAUUGCUCUUCAGCAUCUAGACAUGGAAUCAAAGAUAGAUGAAUUCACCCCAACCGUGAUUGCUGAAACUCUGGUCCGGUUGGCAUUUGGAUCGGCUAUCAAGCCGGAGAGUGACCUAUUGUGGACUUCAGAGCCAGAGCUGCUGCUGAAGAACGGACAGACUUUCAUUCCCCGAAUUCUGCCAGAUCAGCGCCUAAACGAUAGAUUGAACGCGCAGAAAAUGGUGAUCAAAACAUCCUCAUCGAUAAAGGACGGCGUGGAGAUUCUGCCUCGGGCCAACGGUUAUAUUCUUUCCGAGCCAAUCGCCACGGUGACGGACAUGCACCUCAGCCAAUUGAAGGUGAAGGUCCUGUACUCGCUCCUUUCAGCUAUUCAAGUAGGCCCGCAUACGACGGCCUUUGUUUCUUACGGCUCUCUUGUGGACAACCCUCAUGUCAACGUCAUUGCAUUUGCCGAGACCAACAGCUCCACCGUCAUCACUUCGCCAACAUGCGUCUUCCCUGUCUUGAGCGCUGUAUCAGGACAGGCCCUCCUCCAGAUCACGGCGUUUGGCGCAUUGGCUGAGCAAUUGCUGUCUAGAGUGUCUCCUGGAAACGCGGUCGUACUACACCAAGCGGACGACAAGCUGGGUGCUGUCAUUCAGCAACGCGCAGGCGAGCUGGGUGUUCUAGUGAGCAAUGUCUCAAUUCAUCCCUAUGCCUCGCAGAAGUCUCAGCAAAAAAGUGUGCCUUCAUCCACUAAGCUCGUACUGGACUUUGCAUCAACAACAUCGGUCCCAUGGGAGCAGAUCGUGCCGGCAGGAUGUGAGGUUCUAACAUUGAACGAUCUAUUUACCGAUGGAUCUCAAGGCAGCACUCCUGUUGCCUCUAGUAUUUUUGAAAAGGCAUUCGGUUGGGCACGCCAGCAAAUCGCAACUUCUCAGGUGGUGGAAAUUAUUCCUAUCGCCAAUCUGGCUGGCCGCGCACGGGCCGAUAUCCCUUACUCCAGUGUUGUCGAUUUCACUGAUUCCGGUGUCGUGCAGUCAAUUGCACGAUCCUUGGAUCCAGCUCGUCUAUUCCAUUCUGACAAGACAUAUCUGCUGGCCGGAUGUACAGGAGGUCUAGGACAGGCUCUUUGUCGAUGGAUGGUCUCUCAAGGAGCGCGCUUCCUGGCUCUCACCACACGCAACCCAGCCCGAGUCAGCUCGACCUGGCUUGAAGAGCUGCGGCAAAAUGGCGCCCAAGUCUCAGUUUUUGCCUGUGAUGUGGCCAAUAAAGGCUCGCUGUCGGCAGCCUGUGAGCUGAUUGAAAGCAGUAUGCCUCCCAUUGCCGGUGUUGCUAACGCGGCCAUGGUCCUUGCAGAUCGGUCGUUUGCCGAGCUCAAGGUAAAAGACUUCCAUGACGUCUGGGGACCCAAGGUCGAAGGCACCAAGAAUUUGGAUGAGAUUUUUAAUGAUCGCCCGUUGGAUUUCUUCAUCCUAUUCUCGUCGCUGGCCAGCAUUGUCGGCAACCGAGGUCAAUCCAACUACGUAGCAGCCAAUAUGUUCAUGUCCACUAUUUCCGAACAGCGUCGGCAGCGCGGGCUAGCUGCCUCAGUCUUCCACAUCGGCAUGGUCCUGGGUGUAGGCUACGUAUCUUCAACGGGCAUCUACGAGUCGACUUUACGUCAGUACAACUACAUGCCCAUUGCCGAGCCCGAGUUCUUGGACAUGUUCUCUGAGGCCAUCCUAGUGGGCCGUCCCCAGUCAGAUCACUCCCCAGAGCUCAUCACUGGUCUGAGCCGGCACAGCUUGAGCGAAGACACCCAGAAGCCGUUUUGGCAUGAGAACCACCGAUUCUCCCAUCAUUCAGUGACUGAAAUCCAUCAGACCGAGGCCGCUACCACGGCCAAGGCAUCCUUGACGCAAUCCAUCCAGCAGGCCCAAAACCUGGAUGAUGUUGAUGCCGCCAUCCAAGACGCCUUUUGCACGAAACUGGAGCGCAUGUUGCAAGCAGCCAAGGACUCCAUCGAACGGCACCAGCCGCUGAUCAACCUGGGCGUGGACUCGCUCAUUGCCGUCGAGAUCCGUUCCUGGUUCUUCAAGGAGCUCGACGUCGACAUUCCGGUGUUGAAGGUUCUGGGAGGUGCAUCAGUAGCUGAACUCUGCCACGAGUCGGCAACCAAGGUCUGGACAGACGCAGCCCCUGUCGUCCAGACUGAAGCCCCACCAGCCCAGCAGGUUGUCCAAAACAAGCCGGCCAUCAAAGAAUCACCAUGUGUGUCAGCUGUUCCAACACCCUCGAUUACGGAGAAUUCGUCUUCCGCCACUUCCAUAUUCGAUUCCUCCAGUGUCCCUUCUAGUCUAUCACAAAGCCCAGAUCUCUCCCAAGCAUCAUCAGAAAAGGGGGAGGCUGAUUCGGAUGCGGGAAAUUCUUUUUCACGCCAGGAAGAACUCCCUAUCGAGAGAAGUAGUCCCAUGUCCUUUGCCCAAGAGCGACUCUGGUUCCUCCGAGGCUACCUCCGAGACCCGACUACCUACAAUGUGACAAUCUCCUACAAAGUGGCGGGUCCAUUGGACCGGAAAACUCUUCAGAAUGCCUUUUGUUCCGUGAUCCAACGGCAUGAGGCUCUCCGGACGUGCUUCUAUAAUGACCCGAAAUCCCACAACCCAACCCAGGCAGUCCUCACAGAAAGCAACUUCCAGGUGGAAUUAAAGGUUGGGGCAUCGGUUGAGGCCUCAUUUGAUCAGAUACGCCACCACUGCUAUGACCUGGAGAACGGUGAAAUUCUGAGAACCAUCAUGAUUUCGCCGUCUCCAUCGCAGCACUUCCUAGUGAUUGGCUUCCACCAUAUCGCCUUCGAUGGCUUCAGCGCGCAAACUCUCAUUCGCGAUCUAGCCAUAGCAUAUGCUGGUCGGCCACUGCCCCCCGCGCCCCCGCAGUACAUUGACUUUGCCAUCAAGCAACGAUCCGAAAAGCUAGAACGCGUCCAGUGUGAUCUAGAGUACUGGAAGCAGGAGUUCCCCGAUCUUCCUCCCACACUACCUCUAUUAGACUUUGCGGAGACCAAAUCUCGCGCUCCGCUGACGGAGUACAAGCUACGAAGCAUGACACAGAUGCUGCCUUCGGAUUUGACUGAAGGGAUUCGAUCAGCUGCCCGGGGUCUGGGGUGUACUCCAUUCCAUUUCCACCUCUCCAUCCUGCAGAUUGUUCUGCACAGGCUACUCUCGGUUACCGAUUUAUGUAUUGGAAUGACGGAUGCCAAUAAGAAUGACCCCCAGUUUUUAGAGACCAUUGGGUUUUUUGUCAACCUCCUGCCCAUUCGAUUCCGCCUCGAGACUACCCCAACUUUUGCCGACGUUGUGGGGCAGACCAAAAAGAAGACGGACCAAGCCUUGGCUCAUUCGCGUGUAUCUGUCGACAAGUUGCUGGAUGAACUGCACGUUCCUCGCAGCACGUUGCAUCAGCCGCUGUUCCAGGUGGCCAUCAACUACAAGAUGGGAUCCACCCAAAUUGUCCCCCUAGGCCAAUGCCAGGCCCAUGCCCUUGACUUUGAAGAUGCUCGAAAUGCAUAUGACUUGCACUUUGAAAUUGAGACGCUCUCGGAUGGUUCAACUCACCUAACGGUGCAGUCACAGCGCUAUCUCUACACCGAGCACGAAAUUUCUGUUGUGGUUGAGACCUACCUUCAUCUUCUGAGUGUUUUGUGCCAGGAUCCCAGCCGUGACAUCAAGACCGUCGACCUAGCGCCACCAGAGAAAUCCAAGCAAGCCCUCCAUCUCGGCCAAGUCUCAGGUAGCCCUUCUCCUCGAUUUCUGACCCUCUCUAGGUGGGCUGCGCACUGGGCAUCCAUUCAGCCCACUGCCACGGCAAUCUUAGACGAUCAAGGCGCCCGUUUGUCGUAUGAUCAGGUGGUCGCUGCUGCAGAUGAUCUCGCCCAUCAACUCGUUGAGGCAGGCAUCCAGCCUGGAGACCGCGUGGGCGUUUACUGUGAGCCCAGCAGCAAUAUACUCGUGUAUAUCAUUGGAAUUCACAAGACGGGCUGUGUCUAUGUGCCCCUCGAUGUGCAAAAUCCGGUCGGCCGACUCAAUCUCAUGGUUCAAGACUGCCAAAUGGCGCUGAUCUUGUGUGAUGAAACCACCGCGCCUCGUGCUCGAGAAUUUGAGACCAACGCUAUAAUCACCCAGUUUACUCCACGAGCAAGCGAGACACGGUCUGUCCAGUAUCCCGAUGCUUCAAAGGGUUCGUCUGUGGCCUGUAUCCUGUACACGAGUGGCACUACUGGCGUCCCCAAAGGAGUGGUGAUCAAACACUCCAAUCUGGCUUAUAGUGUUGCGGGAUUACGAGAACGAUAUGCUCUUGGCCAAGAGACCGUGCUCCAACAAACGUCUUGGGGAUUUGACGUUUCUCUAGGACAAAUCUAUCAAGGCGUUUUCGGAGGUGGCACUGUCGUGGUUGCUUCUUCUCCGACUCGAAAAGACCCUGCUCAAUUGGCGCGUUUGAUGCAUCAGGAGAAGAUCACCUUUACCAUCAUGACUACCACUCAGGCAUUGAGCCUGAUCCGGUACGGGUCGGAUGAUCUGCGACAAUGCUCACUGUGGAAGUUCGCACUCAAGGCCGGAGAGCCAGUGACCUCACACCUGGUCGACGAGUUCCGAGCGCUCCAUCUCACUAAUCUGCAGGUUUCAAAUGCAUACGGUCCGUCUGAAGCCACCGUCCUCGCCUGCCAUGGGUCCAACGAAUUGAGUCCCUCGGCACCCCGAGACACUCGCCAUCCACCGAUAGGUCGUGCUCUUCCCAAUUAUUCAGCAUACAUCCUUGAUGAUUGCCAACAAGUGGUGCCUGUUGGCUUCGCUGGGGAGCUCUAUCUGGGAGGUGCCGGUGUGGCCCAGGGCUAUCUCAAUCAGGAUGACCUGACAGCAUCCAAAUUCCUGCCUAAUCCCUUUGCGGAAGCUGCAUGGAUCGAGAAUGGGUGGAAUCGCAUGUACCGCACCGGCGACAAGGCCAAGUUCUUGCCAGAUGGACGCAUCGUGUUCCUAGGUCGUAUUGCGGGCGAUAACCAAAGGAAGCUCCGGGGUUUCCGCAUCGAACUUGAUGACAUCGCUAGUACAAUUAUCCGGACGUCAGUCGGUCGCGUGAGCAAUGCGGCCGCUACCAUCCGAGGAGAUUUGGAGGCCGGAGACUCCAGUAAUCAAGUUCUGGUGGCUUUCGUUGUUCUGUCAGCCAAGGAAGUCUUAUCAUCCGACUCCAGUUCAUUCAUCGAGGGGUUGCGCACCAGCCUACCACUCCCCCAGUACAUGUGUCCAUCCCGGAUCAUUGUUGUGGACAGCCUUCCAGUGAACUCAGCUGGAAAAUUAGACCAACCCGCGGUGGAUGCCCUGCCACUUCCGACGCUGCAAUCUGUGCAUGAUGCAGGUCACCUCACCGAUACACAACUCCAGCUCAAGGAACUCUGGCUCGAGGCCCUUCCCAUCUUGGGUGAUGCUACCAUCUCUACCGACAGCGACUUCUUCAGCGUCGGUGGCAAUUCAGUUUUGCUGGUCAAGCUUCAAUCCCUAGUUUUCCGUCAAUUCGGCAUCACAGUCCCAGUAGCCGACCUCUUCCAGCAAAGCACGCUUGCAGCCAUGGCCAGCAAACUAGAGACCGCGGACCCUUUGCGUUCCGUUACGCACAUUGACUGGGAUGAAGAGACUCUGCCUGUUUUGCCUUCGACUAUGCCAGUCACAGACGAAACAGACAACGCUCAACAGGUAACCACGAAUCUGGAAGUUCUUCUCACCGGUGCCACUGGUUUCCUUGGAUCAGCUAUCCUCAAACAACUAGUCGAUGACCCCAACGUGGUCAGAAUCCAUUGCAUUGCGAUCCGAACCAGCCCUGAUGGAACUCUUCGAUCUCCGGUUGUCUCAUCCCCGAAAAUUAUCCAAUAUCCCGGUGACCUCUCCUCGCCUCUUCUCGGCUUGUCGUCUGAGCAAUACAUGGAUUUAUCCCAACGCGUCCACCGCAUUAUCCAUAACGGUGCAGCCGUGUCCUUCCUGCGGACCUACAUCUCUCUCCGUGCGCCUAAUUUGGACAGUACAAAAGCACUGGCGGCGAUGGCAGCCCCCCGACACAUUCCCUUCCAUUAUAUCUCCUCAGGGGGUGUCGCGAGACUAUUCGAGAUGGAUACUCUCGCACCAGUCUCGCUGGCAGAGUACCACCCAUCAUCUGGUGGCCAAAAUGGAUACUCAUCGUCUAAAUGGGCAAGCGAAGUAUACCUGGAGCGAUGCGCCGAAGCCCACCAGCUCCCGGUAUGGAUUCAUCGACCUAGCAACAUCACUGGCGAUGGAACUCCCCAAACCGACUUGUUGCAGCGGAUCAUCGAUGCAUCAUUGAAGAUCCAGUCAGUGCCUGUUCUCACGUCGUGGCGAGGAAACUUCGACUGGGUGCCAGUGGAGGAAGUUGCGGGCGGCGUAGUAGCUGCUCUGCACUCUGCGCCGUUGACGGGUCUCAAGUUCGUGCAUCAUUGCGCAGAGCAUAAGGUCCCAGUGGCAGAGCUGAAAGCUCACCUGGAGACAAAACAUGGCGAGAAAUUGGAUGCUCUGCCUAUAGAUGAAUGGGUGAACAAGGCGGUUAAGGCGGGACAACUGGACGCAGCCACUGAAGCUUUGGCUCGGGGUGUUCAGGAUCAGUCCGACGCGGUGUUCCCCAGCCUGCUAAAAAGCGAAUAA